AUGGUAAAAAGUGAGAGGAACAAGUGGACCAUUGCCAUCCUCGCCUUCCCACCGUCCGUUGACCUUCAACACAUCGGUGUGCCAUACGAGAUCUCUUUGGUUGAGACUGUCAAACAGUUUGGGAUUGCAUACACGAACCUAGGCAUACUUCUCGUAGUGCUUCACUUCACUGAAAUAAAAGAACUCCUGGACCGUCAGAUCCAGCUUGAAGAAACAGCUCGGAUUCCUAAAACACAUGAUCGCCUGGUAGGCAUUCGGAGCACAUUGGCUUGGGGCACACUCGAUGGGGCAGAACAACUUCCUAAAGAACUUUGA